GCAGCUCAGGGGCUGGCAGGAAGGCUCGAGACACGGACCAUGCCGGCACUGAGCAUGAGCAAGCGUGUGUCCUGGCUGGGAGCAGUGCUCGACUAAAAGGACUGGUCAAAAACACAAGCGCAAGCAGAGCUGGGGGAGCACGCCUGCUCUUGCGUAGGUAAAGACAGCCAGGAGGAGACGUCUCUUCCAGGGGGUCGCAGGCUGCUUUUUCCCUGACUGGUGCUUCUGCGGCGGCUGCGUUGUGUGAGGCAAAGUUGUGCGUUUCCACUGGUGGGCGGAGACCCAAACGCAGAGACCAGCAGCCGACUGGGAGCAGCAGCAGCAGCAGCAGGAAGAACUGCUGCAGUGUCCUCCUAAGAACGAGCAGCAACAUCAACAUCAUCGCCAGCAAUAGGAGCACAGUGACAUUGACAUUUGUUUUACCCCUGUGGUUAAGUAAAACAAGAAAUAUGAUGACAGGCUAAAUAUUCAGGUCCUGAAGAGGAGUCAAAAUUGACUGUUUUUUAAAACCUUCAAACAUUGGUAGGUCUUUUCUUCAACCAUGUUAAAGAGAACCAAUGAUGCCUCCCUCUUCCUUGGCAUUUACCACCUGCCAUCUUGCUAGGACUCGAGUCCAGAAUGAACAUAGCAGCCGUGUUUAAUGCCUUGCUUGUGUCUGUCCUUGCUGCUGUGCUGUGGAAAUAUAUCAAGCUACGAGAGCACGUCUUUGUACUGGAAGAGGAACUGCUCCUCACCCGGCAGUCCCAGGAGCUCUCUCAGGUCCGCAUUGACUACCAUGCUGCUCUUCAAGCCCUUGUGGAAGAUGGCACCAGGAUGGUGUGCACCGGUAGAAUGCACACCGACCGUAUCUGCCGUUUUGAGUCUCUCUGUUAUUCCACCGAGGCAGAGGAAUUUGUCUUCUUCCACAGUAACUCCUCAGUCAUGCUUCCCAGCCUGGGCUCCAGAAGGUUCCAGCCUGCCCUGCUUGAUCUCUCAUCGGUGGAGGACCACAACACCCAGUAUUUCAACUUCGUAGAACUGCCGGCUGCAGCACUGAAAUUUAUGCCAAAGCCAGUUUUUGUCCCUGAUGUGGCGCUGAUUGUGAAUAGAUUCAACCCAGACAACUUGAUGCACGUUUUUCACGAUGACCUCCUCCCACUCUUCUAUACCAUGCAGCAGUUCCCUGAUUUGGAUCUGGAGACGAGGCUGUUCUUCAUGGAAGGGUGGAGUGAAGGGCUGCACUUUGAGCUGUACAAACUCCUGAGCAGCAAACAACCGCUCCUGAGAGAGCAGCUCAAAACCCUAGGGCGGCUCCUUUGCUUUACUAAGUCAUAUGUGGGGCUGUCAAAAAUCACAACAUGGUACCAGUACGGCUUUGUUCAGCCGCAGGGGCCUAAGGCCAACAUACUGGUCUCUGGCAAUGAGAUCCGGCAGUUCACAAAGUUUAUGGUGGAGAAGCUGAAUGUUAGCUUGGAAGGAACCCCCAGCGAGGAAUAUAUUAUAGUGUUCAGUCGAACCAUAAACAGACUAAUCCUAAACGAGGCCGAACUUAUCUUGGCGCUUGCCCAAGAAUUUCAGAUGAAAACCAUUACGGUGUCCAUAGAAGACCAUACGUUUUCAGAUCUCGUACGUUUGAUCAGCAAUGCAUCCAUGCUAGUCAGCAUGCAUGGAGCCCAGCUAGUGAUGUCGCUCUUCCUGCCAAGAGGAGCCACUGUGGUGGAACUCUUCCCUUAUGCCAUAAACCCUGAACAUUACACACCUUACAAAACUUUGGCCACUCUUCCAGGCAUGGACCUUCAGUACAUUGCCUGGAGGAACACUGAAAAGGAGAACACUGUGACCCACCCAGAAAGGCCCUGGGACCAAGGCGGAAUUGCACACUUGGACAGGGCAGAACAAGACCGCAUUAUAAAAAGCAGCGAAGUUCCCCGGCAUCUCUGUUGUCGAAACCCAGAGUGGCUGUUCCGUAUCUACCAGGACACAAACAUUAACAUUGCUUCCCUCAUCCAGGUGAUCAGGCAAACUGUGAAAUCGAAGCCUGGGCCCAAGAAGCCAAGGUGGACUAGUGGACUCUACCCAGGCAAAGUCAGAGAUGCCAAAUGCCAAGCCUCUGUCCAGGGUGCCAGCGAAGCUAAACUCUCCGUGUCUUGGCAGAUCCCUUGGAACCUUAAAUACCUGAAGGUCAGGGAGGUGAAAUAUGAAGUGUGGAUACAGGAGCAAGGGGAAAAUACUUACAUGCCUUACAUCCUGUCCCAUCAGAAUCAUACAUUUUCAGACAACAUCAAGCCAUUCACGAACUAUCUGGUGUGGAUCCGCUGCAUUUUCAACAAAAAUCUACUUGGACCCUUUGCAGAUGUGCUGUUGUGCAGUACGUAAUACGUAACUGCCGUCGGCUUUUGGGAGUUGUGCCCCGGCAAGUGGCUUCCAGUGGUUGGGAGAUGGGGCCAUAGCUUAGGCGAUGGGGCCAUAGUUCAGUGGAAGAGCAUCUGCUCUACAUGCAGAAAGUCCCAGAUUCAAUCCCUGGCAUCUCCAGGUAGGGCUGGGAAAGACCCCUGCCUGAAACCUUGGAGAAGCUGCUGCCAGUCAGAUUAGACAAUACUGAGCUAGAUGGACCAAUGCUCUGACUGAGUAUAAGGCAGCUUCCUGUGUUCCUAAUACAAACCAGUCCCAUUGUUCUGUAGAUUUUAGAGAGUUGCAAAGGACUACAGACCAUGCUAGUGCCUAAGUGUCAAUUUUUAUUGCAUUCAGUGUGUCUUCUGUUCUCUGUGUGGCAUUAUUUCCAGUCGGUGUGUAAACUUUCUUGGUCCUUGAAAGUAGCCUACAGGCAUGAGGCUACAAACUGGAAACCAGAAUGGAACGUAACCGUUGUACCUCCAGCAGUAAUUUUGAAUCACUCUUCCUUGUGUGAUAAAUAUUUUAAGCCCAGAUUUACACUGGAAUUUAAUUAUCACUGGAUGGGUGAUUGCCUUCAUAUUCUCCACUGUUUUAAUUUACACCCCACCCCCCAAAAAAGUAUCUGUAUCCCAGAGCAAAAUACCAGCGUAUUCAUUAAAUUGUCGAAAACCUA